GGAAUGCCCCAUAAAGCCCCAGCCCCCAUGGCAGGGGUGCGAGGAACCAGCCGCGGCUUGGUGCAUGCUCCAAAACGUUGUCCCGGUCCCCUCCGGGGAGCCCCAGCCCCCUCUGGCAGCAGCAGGGCAGGGCAGGGAUCCACACUGAGAUGGAUCAGAAGUCAGAGGAGGUGAAAGCACAGCGCACCCUGGGCACCUGCGGAUCAGAGGGCACCCAAGGCUCCUGCCGCCAGCCCGGCAGCUCGCCGGUAGACCUGAGCUCUUGGUCGGAAGCAGGCAGAGAGCAGCCUUGGCAUAAGAAACUCUUGUUCGUGCUCCCCGAAGGCCCAGGCUCAGAGCAGACCCUGCACAUCUCCAGCGGCUGUGCCCACUCCUGCCCAGCAUGGUUCCUCUCAGCUCUCUCGUGGGAGCUUUCGUGGUAAUCAUCGUUGCUGUCGGUGCGGCCAUACGCGCGCAGAGGGCGCAGAGGGCGGACCAUGGAUUUUGGGACGGUUCCCAUUUCCCGACGGCAGAACCAAAGCACAGCGAUGCCUGGUCUAGGAAAGCACAGCGCAGGGAGCAGGGCAGGCAGCAGGACAAGAAGCAUGGCAGAAAAGAUGAUGAGCAGCGUGACAAGGAGGAAGACGAGCAGCGUGACAAGGAGGAAGACGAGCAGCAGAGCAUGCAGGAAGACAGGAACCAAAGGGCAGGCAGCAUGAGCAGGCAGGCAGGUAGGCUACCCGUGGACAGUCAGCACCCUGGAUGUGGUCCUUCUGCGUUCUACUCCCGACCCGAUGGAAUUUCAAGGGCCGAGGAAUCUGUCGUCUACCCUGCUCACCCCGACCUGCCUGGCACCAGAUGCAUGACAGUGCCCAAGCGAAGAUUUCCUGCCUGUCCUGAUGCCUGCCCUCCUGGUGGCCUGCCUGCCAGCAGUCCAGCCAGUGCGGCUAUCAGCACUCCAGCCAGUGCGGCUAUCAGCGCUCCAGCCAGUGCUGCUAUCAGCGCUCCGGCCAGUGCUGCUAUCAGCGCUCCGGCCAGUGCUGCUAUCAGCGCUCCGGCCAGUGCUGCUAUCAGCGCUCCGGCCAGUGCUGCUAUCAGCGCUCCGGCCAGUGCUGCUAUCAGCGCUCCGGACAGUGCUGCUAUCAGCGCUCCAGCCAGUGCUGCUAUCAGCGCUCCGGCCAGUGCGGCUAUCAGUGCUCCGGCCAGUGCUGCUAUCAGUGCUCCGGCCAGUGCUGCUAUCAGCGCUCCAGCCAGUGCUGCUAUCAGUGCUCCAGCCAGUGCUGCUAUCAGUGCUCCGGCCAGUGCGGCUAUCAGUGCUCCGCCCAGUACUCCUGCCUGCCCUCCUGGUGGUGUGUCUGCCAGCACUCCGGCCAGUGCUCCUGCCUGCCCUCCUGGUGCCCUGCCUGCCAGCCCUCCGGCCAGUGCUCCUGCCUGCCCUCCUGGUGGCCUGCCUGCCAGCACUCCGGCCAGUGCUCCUGCCUGCCCUCCUGCCCAUUCUCUUAUGAAAGGAGAAAUCAUAGCAGGAGCCAUUGGAGCUGUUAUUGGAGCAGGAGUGGCACUUCUUGUCCUGUUGGUGACAGCUGCAGACGACGAAGCCACCGUAAGCAGCAGGUAUUGGCUGCUCUGACUGCCUCUGGUGCCAGCAGUUUCGAGGGGACAACUGGGCUGAAGCAAGUUGGUGAGUGGGGAGGGCAGGGAGCUGAGCAUGCUGGGCCACUCUCUGAAGAGCUGCAGCUCUGCAUGAGCCAUGAAUGCAUUAAAAGCAAUAAAAGCACAUUGCCAGC